GCGCGCGUCGGUCAGUUCAGCCAAUUGCGCGUCUCUUCCGCCUCUCGUGCGGUCCUGCCCCGCCGGGGCAGCGCGCUGGUUCUGUGCUCUGGGGAUGGCGGAGGGUGGUGGAGUCUCGGCUAGGUCUCUUCGCGACUUAAACGACACACACGGGCGUAUGUUUAUCUGCGCUUGUGUUCCUUGUUCGUCAGGCCUGAGUGGUCAUUGGUUCUAGUCACACAGCUUUUUAGGGUUUAAGAGGUAGGCGAAGAUUUCAUUUCCAAGAUGGAAAGCCCGUCCGACUCAGCUGUGAUUUUACCUAGCACUCCACGGGCCCGCGCCAGCCCACCAUCUCCCCGUACAAGCAGUUUAAGAAAACAACCUAUGAGUGCAACACUUAGAGAACGAUUAAGGAAAACUAGAUCUUCAUUUAAUUCCCGUUACAGUGUGGUAAAACGUCUUAAAGUAGAGAAUGAAGAAAACGAUCAGACUUUUCCUGAGAAACCACCGUCUUCGACAGAAGAAAACUGUUUGGAACUUCAGGAAAAUUUUAAAUACAAAGAUGGUGAAUUCAAAGAAAGUACGUGUUUGAAAAAUACCUUCAAGAAUAUCAGUGCGUGUGAAUCUAAGUCUCUUGAUACUGAGUCAUGCAGUGAUCUCCAAAGUGACUUUGUGAAUGAGGAACUUCCCAAACAGGGAUUGAGUGAAGAAAGAACAAAAUUGAUGAAGCAGAUUGAAGAGAAAGAAGACCUUCUUCGGAGGCUAAAACUGGUCAAAAUGUAUAGAUCAAAGAAUGACCUGUCUCAGUUACAGUUGUUAAUACAGAAGUGGAGAAGCUGUAGCCAGCUGUUGCUUUAUGAGUUGCAGUCAGCCAUGUCUACGGAGAACAGGAAACUCAGCCUUACGCAGUUGAUAGACCACUAUGGGUUAGAGGAUAAGUUGCUACACUAUAACAGAAAUGAAGAAGAAUUUAUGGAUGUUUAAUUCCUAAUUAUUUCCCCAGAAUAUUUUUGAGAAUGAUGUUAAAAGAUACUUAAUACAGUUUAAAAGGAAGGUAGAAACCAUUAUGUAAAUAUAAAAUAAGAUCUAAAAUGAAAAUUUAGUAGUCUGGUUAAAUUUGCCAAAGAAAACUUCAUAUUUAAAGAAAUGUGAAAAAAAAUUAAAUCAUGUUUAAAAAAUAGUUCGGUCAUUUCUGUAAGUCAAUUUUAAUAUAUUGUUUAUUGUGGUAAAAAAGUUCUAUUUUUUUUUUAAGGUUUUAUUUUAAAUGUUAAAAAAUUGUUCAGUCUGGUGAAUGUCUAAACCUAUAGUGGUCUAAAAAUGCCUGUCUCCUAAGUUUAUGGACCAUGUUUCUAUCCAUUUACCACAUACUUCCAUCUGGAUGGUGUAGCAGGUAAUUAAACUUGUCCAUAUGUCA